UCAUACUUUUUAGUACACAAAAUGGCAGCGCCCAUGACCAAGUGAACGAACAGCGCCAAUUUGAUUGUUUUGGCUGCAAAGUUUCUUUUGGCUUAUAUGCUUUUUGGAAAUGGGAAUACCGUAACGUCUUGUCUCUUCAACUAAGACCACAGAAAUGGAAGAAUAUGAGCAAGAGUUGUUGGUGUUGGAGGAGGAGCUAGCCGUGGUCGAUUCGGAGUUGCAGGACUUGCUGGAGCGUCAGAGCCAACUGAUGGAUCGCAAGACUGAGCUGGAGGCCAUCAUCUCACAGCAAGCGCAGACGGAGAAACAGAAGAAAAACAAAGCUUGGGAUGGAACCGACUUUCCUUGGACGCAAGAGAUGGACGACAAGCUGACCAGCGUGUUUAAGCUCCACUCGCUUCGACCGAUGCAGAGGCAGACGAUGAAUGCGACGCUAUCUGGCGAAGAUUGUCUGCUGAUCAUGCCCACCGGCGGGGGAAAGAGUCUGUGCUUCCAGCUGCCGGCCAUGGUCGGGAAUUGGUUUUGCCCAAGCCAAGUUCUCAGAAGGAAACGAUGGAGAAAAUUCUGCUGCUCAUCUCUACCCGAUUUAGAGGCAUGUCUGGCAUCGUGUACUGCUUCUCCCGCAAGGAUUCCGAGGAAGUGACCUCUGACCUGAUGAGUCAUGGGAUUAAGGCCGGCUGUUACCACGGCGACAUCGACGCCAAGUCUAGGAGUCGCGUACAUCGGAUGUGGUUGUCGGGGGAGAUACAGGUUGUCGUGGCAACGGUUGCGUUUGGCAUGGGCAUAGACAAACCUGACGUGCGGUUCGUCAUCCACCACAGCAUCAGCAAAUCCAUGGAGAAUUUGUACCAGGAGAGUGGCAGGGCUGGCCGGGAUGACAAGCGGUCCGACUGCAUCGUGCUGUACCGGCUAGCAGACGUGGUGAAACAGAGCUGUAUGGUCUUCACAGAGCAGACGGGACUUAACAAUCUACACGGCAUCGUCAAAUACUGCACCGACGUCAAGAGCUGCCGUCGCUCGGUCAUCGCCCGGCACUUUGGUGAGGUCUGGGACAGCGGUCAGUGCGACAGGAUGUGUGACCACUGCAAGAUGGUGGACGCCGGGGGGUCCGUGGAACAACGAGAUGUGACGCGGCUGUGUGGUGACCUUCUGACCUUGCUAGACGCCGCGGCGGCCACUGACCAGCGAGUGACCUUGGCCAAGCUGAUCGACGCCUGGUACGGGCGGGGAGCCUCCAGUCUCAAGGUCAAGUCGGUCCCGUGUCCUGGCGUGUCACAGGACAAAGCGGAGAGAAUCCUGGCACACAUGUUGGUCACUGGUUAUUUACGGGAGGACUUUCACUUCACCGCGUACAGCACCAUCUGUUAUAUUGUCGCAGGCCCAAAGGCCAAGCUGUUGCGGAACAAAGUGGCCAAAGUUGUCAUGGACUUCACCAGUAAAUCUGGCAAGUCGCAGCAGACCAAGGGAGCGGCCACAUCUUCAUCGUCUUCCUCUUCAUCAUCGUCGUUAUCAUCACCCGUGUCUGUCUCGUCUUCUUCAUCGUCAUCCAUGCUGACCAACAGCUGUGAGAAAAGCUCAUCUGGUCAGAAAGAGAAAGAGAAAAAGCCGGCUCUAGUCGUCACCAGCAAACAGAAAUCUCAUCCCUCCCCCGCACCCUCCGGCUCCAACACCACCCCUUCGACAGCUCUCCCCCCCAAACCCUCACAAACUACACCGCAAGAUUCGGAGAAUCCUCGCCCUACUUCAGACAAACACACAGAUGCAACAGACAAACGUACAAAUGCCGAGACGUCGGGGGAGAAAAACAGAAAACGAACAGCCGUUGACUCCCCGAGCGAGCGCUGGUCAAACGAUGAUGACCGCGACCAACACUUCGACGUUGAUGAUUCCGACGAUGACUUUGGCAAAACUUUCGUCAGUAAGAACAGUUCCGGAAGGAAAACAAACGGCGCCAAAGCUAAAGCUAAAAGUGUCACUGGCAAAACAAGCAGUGGCAGCGCCAAAACGAACAACGCCAAUACCAAAAUGAACAAUGCCAAAGCCAGAACGAAGAACGCCAGCACUAAAACGAACAGUGGCGACGCCAAAACAGAUGGCGCCAAAAUAAACAGCACCAGGACAAACGGCACCGACGCCACUGAUGCUGAAAAAGAAGAGAGAAAAAGAAAGAAGGAAUCGAACCCCGUACCCUCCAGGAAAAAAGCGUAUGUAAUCAGCGACAGUUCUGACGAGGACGAGAAAGAGGUCACUGAGUGCACGCCCAUAAAGAAAGCAAGGUCAGGGUCAGGUACAGGGUCAGGGUUAGGGUUUGUCAAAGUCGAAGAAAACGGGAAAAAUUCCUCUGUGGUAAUCAGUGAUGACGACGACGAUGAUGACUUUGAGCGUAUGUGACCUUGUGUGACCCUGAGUGACGACAAAUGGGGAGGACCUGGAAAACGGCGUAACUCACAAUGUUCCAUUUUUGGUUUUUUUGGUUGGAGUUAUUGUUGUUUAGCCAGUUAUUCCAUUUUGUCCAUCAGUAGCAGACAGCUGGUGGAGUGGUGUGUGCACAGCAUUAGUCAGAAACAGCUGUAGUUUUAUACGGGGUGGGGGUGGGGUAGAG